CUACUUUUAAAGUUAACGAUCUUUACCAAAAACACGUGUUGCUAAAUUAAAAACCUAUCUAUACUGUGUUGUCAGACAAAAAAGCGAGAUGCCGCAGAACGAGUACAUAGAGCAGUUUAGAAAACGCCAUGGCUACAAAUACGAUUACUUCGAGAAAAAACGUAAGAAGGAGUCGAGAGAGCCUCACACUAGAGCAGAGCACAUCCGGAAGCUACACGGACUCAAGGCCAAGUUGUAUAAUCGCAAACGCUACACCGAAAAGAUUGAGAUGAAGAAGAAGAUAAGAAUGCACGAGAUGAAGGAGACAAAGAACAAGAAAGAAGAUGUCGUACCAAAGGGUGCAGUGCCUGCAUAUCUCUUGGACAGAGAAGGACAGUCGAGAGCUAAAGUGUUGAGCAACAUGGUCAAGCAGAAGAGGAAAGAAAAGGCGGGCAAAUGGACUGUCCCCCUCCCCAAAGUAAGAGCAGUCGGUGAGGACGAGGUAUUCAGAGUGCUACAAACAGGCAAGAGAAAGAAGAAGUCUUGGAAACGAAUGGUCACUAAAGUUACGUUUGUCGGAGAAGGCUUCACAAGAAAACCACCAAAGUUUGAGCGAUUCAUUCGACCAAUGGCGCUUCGGUUCAAGAAGGCACAUGUUACUCAUCCUGAACUAAAGGCGACCUUCUGUCUGCCUUUGAUUGGUGUCAAGAAGAACCCGCAGAGUCCAAUGUAUACUCAGCUAGGGGUCAUCACCAAGGGAACAGUGAUAGAGGUCAAUAUCAGUGAGCUGGGACUAGUCACUCAGAGUGGAAAAGUUGUGUGGGGUAAAUACGCUCAAGUCACCAACAACCCAGAGAACGAUGGCUGUAUCAAUGCAGUACUGCUAGUGUGAACUAGCUAUAAUAAUAUAAUAAUAACUAUUAUGAUAUAAUGUAUACACAUGCAUUCAAUUAAGUUCAGUUGUUGUAUUUUUAUUUGUGCCGUUCAUUGAUAUUGACAAAUCCUUGUGGACAAUAAAAUA